CAAUGUUUAUUUUUGGGCGUUUGACGUUUACGUUUGAUGUUUUGUUUGCUGUGCGGAAGUUCUUGUUUAGAUACGUAUACGCUGCAGCGUACGCGUACUUUUCUUUUUCCGCACGACAUGUGGGACGAUUCGGAGCAUAAAUCUGCCACAUUUGUGUGGCAGAAGAAGCUCGAAAAACAGGGCUUGAAAAACUUGUCUCGGAAGGAGUUGGAAGCACUGAACCGUAAGAAGCAGCAGGAUAAUGUAAUCGAGCUGGAAAAGCUGAAAAAGCGACGAUUGGAGCGGGAGCACCAACAGCAGCAGCGGGAGGAUGAUAUGUAUCUGAUGCAGCGUUCAAAGGAAGUGGCGCAAUUCGAGGAGUGGCAACGGCAGGAGGAAACUUUCCAUUUGGAUCAAGCCAAGCUGAGGAGUAAGAUUCGCAUUCAGGAUGGCCGUGCGAAGCCGAUUGACCUGCUGGCUCAGUACAUUUCCGAGCAGAACCUGGAAGAGUCCAUCGAAAUGCAAAUGCACGAGCCGUAUACUUAUCUGAAUGGGCUAGGUUUAGACGACCUGGAGGAUUUGAUGGCGGACAUCAAGGUUUACAAUGAACUGGAAAAAGGCCAGAAUGGAGACUAUUGGAACGAUUUGACAAUCAUCGUGGAAGAUGAGCUGCAAAAGUUACGCAAAGCAGAGGUCGAAAAACAAAGAAUGGCCGCCGGACGGAGAGAAGGAAUCCACCAGAGUGUUGCGAAGGAUGUGACUCAAAUUUUUAAAGGGAAAAGUUCGUCUCAGCUGGAAGAAUUGAAGAAGAAAAUCGAGGAUAAAAUCCAUAGUCAACAGGACGGUUUGGAUAUUGGUUACUGGGAAAGUUUGCUAUCACAGCUAAAAGCCCACAUGGCUCGCGCAAGAUUGCGUGAUCGCCAUCAGGAUAAUCUCCGAAACAAACUGGAAAUGCUGAAGAAGGAACAAGAAUCGAACGUGAAGAAGGAAGAUUGCGAUGAUCCUGAAGCAGGGCCUAGUGGAAGCGGACCUUCUGAUUUGCGGAAACAGGAAACCAUGGAUGAAAACUCGAGGGACAGCAGCAGUCAUUCUGGCACUGAGCAAUGCCCGAUGGACGAAGAGAGUCACGAAUCUGAUUUGCUAAAUGAAUGUUUUGAGCUGUAUAAGAAGGGCGGGUACGAGCCAAAAUAUAUUUCGGAAGGAGAUCUGGAGACGGGUGUGGAUAUAGUGUCAGAAGAAAGAGAUGACGAGGAAUUGGAUCUCCUCAGACAGAAAGUGCUAGGAAUCAAUCAGGAGGAUGAAAGCUUUUCCAAAGACGAAGUUUUACUUCGCAAAGAAGCAAAGCGGGGUAUGAACGACGAUGAAGCUGAAUUCUCCGUGGAAUCACGGGUCGAUUCGCAGGUCUAUCUUUGGUCCGACAAAUACCGCCCAAGAAAGCCACGAUACUUCAAUCGUGUCCAUACCGGGUUCGAGUGGAAUAAAUACAAUCAAACUCACUACGAUAUGGACAACCCGCCUCCGAAAAUUGUGCAGGGCUACAAAUUCAACAUAUUUUAUCCAGAUUUGAUCAAUAAGAAUUCUACGCCGCAAUACUUUUUGACGCCGUGUUCAGACAAUCCAGACUUUGCAACGCUUCGAUUCCACGCAGGACCACCGUACGAAGAUAUUGCAUUCAAGAUUGUGAAUCGUGAAUGGGAGUUCAGUUAUAAGCGUGGAUUCCGUUGUCAAUUUCACAACAAUAUUUUCCAGUUGUGGUUCCAUUUCAAGCGGUACCGCUACAGAAGGUAAGGUCUAAACGUUAUUAGCAGCAUUGUGCGUUAUUUUAAAAUAUAAUUUCAAAGUUCUGCCCAA